UUGACUCUCCCUUCAGUAUGGACGUUGACCCCCAGCUUCAGCUACCGUUCCACUGUGUUCGAUUCGUCGAACAGCGACAGGGUGGUGUCUCCCAGGACCUCCUGAUUGCAUCGGCUGGGCGCAAGCUUUAUUCCUAUGCGGCUGAUUCUGGACGCCGGCUGGCGAUUUGGCCGCAGGAUGCGAACCACGCCGAGGAGACCGUGAAGGAAAACGAGGCGCAACAGGAUGCGAAAGACCAAGAGCCCCCGGGUAAAAAGCGGAAAACCGACACCUCCAACUCCGCUGGCGGUCAAAAGCCUAAAUCCCUCCCCGAUUGGACCCAUAUCCCGAUCCUGACGAUCUCCCCCACGGGAAAGUAUGUGGUCGCGCUGACCGCGGAAGACAAAUGCAUCCGGGUUUUCCAGAUCGCAGAGGACGGUUCUCUCGAGCAACUGAGCGACAGGGGUAUGCCGAAACGACCAUGUGCCCUUGCUGUGACUGGCGACGAAAGCACGAUCUUGUGCGCAGACAAAUUUGGAGAUGUCUACUCUCUACCUCUCAUUCCGAGCGAGAAACCCUACGUCGCCCCGAAGGAGCCCCGCCAGGCGAAGACCGUCCAGCCCGCAGCCUCGAAUCUUACGGUGCACUCGAAGCGCAACCUGGCUUCGCUGGAGCAACAGAUGAUGCUGUAUAAACAGGGGAAGUGGGGAAAUUCGGAAGAGAAGUCUUCCUUGGGCUUCGAGCACCAGUUGCUUCUUGGUCAUGUAUCGCUGCUUACGGACCUGGCCUACGUCUCUUUUCCGGACAGCAAACGGUCUUAUAUCUUGACUGCAGACCGCGACGAGCAUGUGCGUGUUUCUCGCGGACCCCCUCAGGCACAUGUGAUCGAGAACUACUGCUUGGGCCAUACGUCGUUCAUUACGAGAUUGUGCAUUCCCGCGUGGGCACCACAGUACCUCGUUACCGGUGGCGGUGACAAUUACCUGCUUGUGUGGAACUGGAGCGAAGGCCGUGUGCUACAGAAGGUUCCUCUUGUGGCAGAUAACUCGGAGAUCGUCGUUCGCGAUAUCUGGGCAACUGCGCUCCAGACAUCCCCUUCGGAGACAUCGAAGGUCAUCCUCGUCGCAAUUGAUGGGUCCCCAAGCCUGCUGUGCUUUUCGCAAGAAGUCGAUGGCACUCUGAAAGAACAGGGCUCCAUCUCGGUGUCAGGAAAUGUCAUUGAUGUGACUCCCAUCGAAAAGUCUGGUACGAUUGUCAUUGCAGUCGACGAUGUACAUAAUGCAGGAUCGAUCCAGGAAUGGAGGACUGCGCCUACGAGCCAGCCGGUUUUGCUUGAGUCUUUCCGUGUCAAGCCGGACGCUCAAGGAUUGGCAUGGGAGCCGGUCACGGAACCGCUGGUGGCCACUAUCAACUCCGAGGGCACGUCGCAGGCGCCAACUGAUGCUGAAUCAAAGCAAAGGAGUAGUUUCAGCGAAGCCUUGUAUGGCUUGAAGAAUCUCCGGAAGAUGAGAAUGGGCGAGGACGACUAGGAUGGGAGCAUAUAAUUGACACUGCCACUAUAGACAUG